UAUUUGCUGUUAUAAUGCAGCCCUGUGUGUGCUGUGCGUGCGAUUUGACAGCACACUAGUUCGCUGUCUGCCAUCCCCAGAUCAAUUGUUCUUUCGGCAACUAUUUAGCAAAUUACCACGUGAAGCGAAAUACACGAAUUUCACAACACAGCUGAAAGUACAUUAUUAGAUUGUGCUAAAACCAUACAGCGUCAAGUGUGGGGCAUCAGAAAGCGGACAGGGCUCGAAGCGAAUAUAGUUUUAUUGUUCGACAUAAUAAAUACAAUACUAAAUCUCACACAAAAUGGCGCUGCGCGUGCAAUUCGAGAACAAUGACGAUAUUGGCGUCUUUAGCAAAUUAACAAACACAUAUUGCCUGGUUGCCAUUGGUGGCUCGGAGACCUUCUACAGUGCCUACGAGGCCGAAUUAGCCGAGACCAUACCUGUCGUCCAUGCCAACAUCGGUGGCUGCCGAAUAAUUGGCCGGCUCACCGUUGGCAAUCGCAACGGCCUGCUAGUACCGCAUUCCACCACCGAUGAGGAGCUGCAACAUUUGCGCAACAGUCUGCCGGAUGCCGUUAAGAUACAGCGUGUCGAGGAGCGUCUGUCUGCUUUGGGCAACGUGAUUGCGUGCAAUGACUAUGUGGCCCUGGUGCAUCCCGAUUUGGAUAAGGAGACGGAAGAAAUCAUAGCAGACGUGCUCAAUGUAGAAGUCUUUCGCCAGACCAUUGCCGACAACACGCUUGUCGGCUCCUACACAGUGCUGAGCAAUCAAGGCGGCAUGGUGCAUCCCAAGACAAGCAUUCAGGAUCAAGAUGAGCUGUCGUCCUUGCUGCAAGUGCCUCUAGUUGCGGGCACUGUGAAUCGUGGCAGUGAAGUCCUGGCUGCCGGCAUGGUCGUCAACGAUUGGAUCUCGUUUGUGGGCAUGAAUACAACAGCUACCGAGAUUUCCGUCAUUGAGAGCGUAUUCAAGUUGAAUCAAGCCCAGCCGGCGACGGUGACGACAAAGCUGCGUGCCGCACUCAUCGAGGAGAUGUCCUAAGCGAACAAAACAGCUUUCUAUUAUAUUUAAGUACACACACACACGCACGCAUACACACACAUUGAUUUUGUUAUCCUUUGUAAACAGUUGGCAAAAAUACAAGACAACCACAAAUAAGUUUGGUGCAUAA